ACAAGUUAAUUAAUCUUCUCAAAAACAUUUCUGCAGUUCACUUUUCAGCGUUCUUUCACUCACCAUUUCUUCCCUCUACCCUUCAACCCCUUCCACCAACAGCGCUGUGUUUCACUCACCAUCAGGAAAUGGCGGAACCACUUCUCUCCUUUGUUGCGGAGCGAAUCAUUGAGGCUUUGUGCUCACCGGCUGUCAAACAGAUCGGACUGUUCUGGGAUGUCAAAGAUGAGCUUCAAAGCCUGACCGACACCGUUUCAACAAUCAACGAUGUGCUUCUGGAUGCGGAGGACAAACAGACUGCAGGUAACCGUGCAGUUAAACGUUGGCUCGGAAGGCUAGAAGAUGCCAUGUAUGAUGCGGACGACUUGCUGGAUGAAAUUUCCACUGAAGCUCUACGAAGAGAUAUAAUGACCCGUGAAUGCGAUGAGAAGGCCAAAAAGAACCAGCUUGCCUAUCGUUUUAAAAUGGGCCAUAAGAUUAAGGCUAUGAGAAAGAGGUUAGAUGCCAUCAACGCAGAUAGGCAGAAUUUUCACUUGGAGGUACGCCGGGUUGAGCCACGAGUCGGGAACAGGGAGAGGGAUAACACUCAUUCUUUGGUACGUGCGGAAACAGUUAUUGGUCGAGAAGAUGAUAAGAAGGCUGUUAUAGACUUUCUGCUGGACUCCAACGUUGAAGACAAUGUUUCAAUCCUUCCAAUUGUUGGCAUCGGUGGAUUGGGAAAGACUACACUCGCUCAAUUCGUAUUCAAUGAUGACCAAAUCCAGAAACAUUUUGAGCUCAAAAUGUGGGUGUGUGUGUAUGAUUUCUUAGAUAUUAAAAAUAUUGUUGCAAAAGCCUUAGAAUCUGCAGCCAAGGAGAAACCUGCAGACGCCGAAAUAGAUACAUUGGUGGGUAAACUUAGAGAAAAAUUCCAAGGAAAGAAAUACUUCCUAGUGUUGGAUGAUGUGUGGAAUGGUGAUCAUGGAAAAUGGUGUCGCUUGAAACAAAUGCUGAUGGGUGGUGCAAGAGGCAGUAGAAUAGUAGUGACUACUCGCAAUGAAAUCGUUGCAAAGACCAUCGGCCAGGAAAGUGUUGCAGGGAUUAUUGGGGCGGUUGAAUCAUAUUCCUUAAAAGGUUUAGAUGAAGAAGCAUCAUGGUCUUUAUUUAAGCACAAGGCCUUUGAGAGAGGACAAGAGCCGGAGAAUUCAAGCAUGGUUGCACUUGGAAAGGAGAUCGUAAAAAAGUGUUCAGGUGUCCCUUUGGCCAUAACCACAAUCGGAAGUUUACUGGGCUCCAAAAAUUCAGAAGCAGAAUGGGUGUCUUUUAAGAAGAAUGAACUCUCAAAAUUAUCUCAGAAUGUAAGUGACCUCUUACCUACUCUGAAGCUGAGUUUCGAUCAUCUUCCUUCACAUUUGAAGCAAUGCUUCGCAUAUUGUAGUUUGUUUCCAAAGGAUUACGUGUUUUGUGAAAAAGAACUUGUUCAGCUUUGGAUAGCACAAGGGUUUGUAAAGUCUUGUGAUGAUGAAAGCCGAUGCUUAGAAGAGGUUGGUACAGAGUAUUUUAUGGAUUUACAAUGGAGAUCGUUCUUUCAAGAAGCUCUAACGACUAUGUCUGGUCUCAUGAAUAAAUGCAAAAUGCAUGACCUCAUGCAUGAUCUUGCCAUAUCAGUGGCAGGAUCAGGAUCGUUGAUGGCCACAUUAGGUGAUAAGGAGACAAACCUUGAUGAGAAAACGCGUCAUCUAUCAUUACUUAUUGGUUACGAUAAACCUAUUUCUUCAUUGUGUGAAGCAAGUAGAAUACGGUCAUUUCUUUUUCUCAAAAACUAUAUGUAUAAGAUUGAUUGUGAUGCAAUUUUUUCAAGUUUCAAGUUCUUGCGCAUGUUGGAUCUGUGGAGGAGAGAUCUUGAUUAUGUGCCAAGCUCUAUCGGGGAGUUGAAGCAUUUAAGGUGUCUUAAUCUUUCUUCGAAUAAGAAUAUUAAGAAGUUACCAGACUCUAUAACUAGGUUGCAGAAUUUGCAAACACUAGGACUCUCUUGUUGUCGCAGACUAGAAGAAUUGCCGAGAGACCUUAAAAAAUUGGUCAAUCUCAGGCAUCUUAAGAUAGAUUUUUGUGAUGCUUUGACAUAUAUGCCACGUGGAUUGGGGCAACUGAAUAAUCUUGAGACGUUAUCAAGAUUUGUGGUCCACUCGGGUUCUCACUUCAAGAAUUGCGGUGAUUUACGAGAACUGAACGGACUCAAUAAGCUGAGAGGAAGUUUAGAGAUUAAAAAUCUUGGACAUGGGAAAGAUGUUGCAUUAGAAUUUAAGGCUCUAAAUCUAAAGGAGAAACAACAUCUUCAUGACUUGAGUUUAGAGUGGAGAACUACUGAAGGAGAUGUCAAUGAUUGGGGCGUUGUCGAUGAUAAAAUGCCAUCCGAAGGCUUCCAACCGCCCCCAAAUCUGAAACAUCUACACUUAAAUUACUAUCGGGGUUCAAGGCUUCCGAAUUGGGUUUGUUCAUUGACAAAUCUUGUGAGGUUGUGGCUACGUGAUUGUCGCACAUUGAAGUCUGUCCCCCUUCAACAUCUCACUUCCGUUCAAGAAUUGUCUAUUAUGGGUUGUGUUGAGCUUGAGCUAGCCAAUGAUGAGGAUGGGAUGAAAUGGCAAGGCCUUACGAACCUCCUCGCUCUUUGCUUCAGUGGACUUCCAAAUUUGGUUUCUCUCCCCUCAGGACUUCAACAUGCUACCACUCUACAAAAUCUUAGGAUUAGGAAUUGUGAAAGCUUGAAGGCUAUACCAGAGUGGAUCCACAACUUCAAAUCACUUCAACACUUUGAAAUUUAUAGAUGCUCCAGUUUGACAUCACUGCCUGAAGGAAUGGGUAGGCUAAUGUCUUUGAAGCGCCUAAUAAUUUGGGAUUGUCCCAUCUUUUUGCAAAGAUGCAAGAAAGACACUGGUGAGGAUUGGCCAAAGAUUGCUCACAUACCAUCGUUAACCAUAUUGCAGCAAGAAGAAAAUUCAAGCACCCAUGCAUCUUUGACCAUUCAGGGAUCUCAUGAAUGAAGAGAGGAACAUGCAGUGAAGGUCUAGGAGAAGGAACUAGAAAAGUGUUUCCAUGGAAGAUGCUACAUACAUAUCUACUUUGAAAUAUGUGAAAUGAUUGGGAUGAUUGGCACAACACGUAUACUCAUGCCAAAAGCAAUGGUGUUGAAGUCUUGGAUCUUGUUAAUUUAGUAUUUUAAAUCUUUUGUUAAUUGUGAUCAAUAUUGAAGGCCAUCACAGUAUGUUGAAGUCAUAUGGAUCCUGUGGGUGUUGUAUCUUACUUUAUGAAUUAUGGAUCAGUUAAUCAGGUAGUAAUCUCUGUAUGAAUUAUGACAUGUGACAAUAUCAAUAUUGCAAUUGGUAUGAGUGAAAAGAGAAAUGCUAUUUGUUCU